AGUACAUCCGAGAGCCGGACCCCCAUCCGCGGUUAAUUGGCAGGUCCCGGUCCCGGGUAGCGGCACCUCAGGCUGAGCCCAGCUAUUCAGGGACAUGAGGAAUGGGGUGCAGCCCGGGUCCCCGGGGCAGGAGGAGGCGGGGAGGCAGAGUAGGCCGCAUGAGGUAUUCGGAGAGAGACAGGCUCAGGUAGCUGAGGGGACAGAGAUGCAGGAAGGUGGGGUGUCUGAGGGGACAGGGGUGCAGGAAGGUGGGGUGUCUGAGGGGACAGUGGUGCAGGACAGUGGGGUGCCUGUUGGUAGAGGGGUGCAGGAAGGGAGGGUGUUUGGGGGUCCGGGUCAUUCUGUGGACCUGACAAUGGAAGUGCAGAAACCUGCGGAGGUUCAGGAAGGGUUAAUGGAGAAGGGGAAGCAGAGUUGUGCAGAGCAGGAAGAAGCAGCGGCAGGGUUGUAUAUAAUGCAGAAGCUGCAAGAAAUGCCGGGCCCAGCACCAGUGACCCAGGAGGACCCGGCGCUGACCGACAGUCAGCACUACGCCCAGCUGUUCACUGCUGACACCGGCACAGAGGCGCAAGGCUUGGAAAACGCCAUCGAGGAGAUGCUAGUCCGCCUGGACGAGUUCUGCGCCAUGGUGGAUAUGGUCAGAAACGAAUCUUCUCUCAUUCUGGAGGAUAAGAUCCCUGCCAUGAAAUGUCAAGUGGAAGAACUGAACAAGAUCUACAAGCGAGUAGAUAAGUUGGAGGCCUUUGUGAAGAUGGUGGCCCAUCACGUGUCCUUCAUGGAGGAGGAGGUGACUCGGGCUGAGAGGAACCACUUGCCGCUACCUCAAGCCUUUCAUAGAAUACUGUCCGGCGCUUCCAUUCCUCCCUUCCUACGGCAAGGUGUGAAAAAGCAGAACACCUACGAGCUGCCAAAACUCUAUAGGACAGAAGAUUACUUUGACGGAACACACAACUACACGAAGAACCUGAAUUAA